AUGUGUAUCCUGGCCUUCGUGACGCAACUGUCAGAGCGGUUUCCGCUCGUGCUCAUCAGCAACCGCGACGAGCUGCUCAGUCGCGCAACACACCCAGUUGCUGUAGACGCCAGAACGGGGCUCUUGUGGGCAGCCGACGGUGUGGCGGGUGGCUCGUGGCUGGGGCUUCACGUGGCGAGCGGACGUUUCGCGGUUGUGACGAACAGUGCGCGCUGCCCAACGGCCCCGCUUCGGCCGGCGGCGGGCGUCACGCCACCGGAAUGGCGUGGGGCAAUGCCGCUCACAGAGGUGGUGCGGCGGAUGAGGGUGCACACCACGCCAGCGGCUGAUGGCGGGACAAACGUGAGGCUGGAGUUUGUCCCCGACCUUUCCCGUGGGAACAUCGUCCGUGAUUUCUUGACAGAGGGAAGGCUGCCCGGUAGUGGCGCCGCAUCAUCAUCAUACGGAACGGCGCAGCUUUCAGCAUCCCUUGCACCGCCGUACUAUGACGGUUACAAUUUGCUUACCGCAAAGAGCUUGUUCCACCCGAAGCAGUUGCAGCUAAUGUACACAACAAAUCGCUACGGCGCGGAGCACCAAUACCCCACCGACCAUGAUGUCAUACAUUGUCUGCAGAAUAGCUACAUUGACAACUGGAUGGAGCCCAAGUCGGCGCUGUUGCGGGAGCGAUUCAAGGCUGCGUUGACCGAAUUCAUGCUUGCUGAUGGGUCACCUUAUGAAGCAGAUUCUGUAGCGACAUCCUUUGCCUCUUCUUGUCUCUGUGCCGAGCCAAAAUUUGAUUUGCUGCAAGAGCUUCAGGCAGGCAAGGCACCGGCGGAGAAACUAUGUGAGUACCGGCAGGUGCUAGACGCCCCGAUGCCGUACCAUGGAUAUGAUGGAGAAUCGGAACUCGCGCAGCUCUACGGUGCUGGGCUGCGUUCGCCAGUGCAUUUCCCUACGGAUGGUUAUGAGGAGCAGGUGAACUUCUUUCAGCGAAAUAUAUUUUCGACAGGCCAGUCGUAUGGCACACGUACUCAGACGGUAGUUGUGGUGGAGAAGUCAUCCGGUGAAGGGGGACUUACAGUGCACUUCUCGCAGCGUGAGUGUGUCACAAGUAAAAUAAACAAGCAGUGGAAACACUUCACUAUUCGUGCGCCCCCGUAG